AUGCAAUAGCAAAAAUGUUAUGUAAUUCCUGGAUUACUUAAUGCAGGUAUCUAUUUAUUGAAUUAUAUCAGGAUUAUUAAAUGGAAAUUAGCCAAUAUAUAUAUUUAUCUUGAAUUAAAUAUAAGACAUGAAAGAAGUUAGUUUAAAGAUGAAUUCAUAUUUAUAAACAGUGAAUGCCUUUCAGUAUUUUAUUUAUUACAAUUAGUCCAUAUACUUGGGUUAUUUGUAACUAGUAAACUUUGCAAUUAGAAAUUAGUGAAGUAAAACAAUUUCUGAAUUAAUUCUGCAAGUAUCAUAUUUAAUUGUAUUGAGAGAAAUAUUCCCUUAUAAUAAUUCUAGAGAAUAGAUAAAUUGAUUAUUAUAAGCGAUACAAUUCAACUUUAAUAACUAAUCAAUGUAAUACCAAGUGCUUGGUCCACAAUUUUAACAAAUAAAAUUCAUCUAGUCUUAAGGUAUCAAGAAAUAUUAAUAUAGAUUGAAUUAAUUAAUUAAUCACAAUAUUGAACUUACUUAAUAUCAAGUGGAGUUUUUAUCUAGAAUUAAUAAUACAUAUUAAGAAGAAAUUCCUUUUUAUGGAAGGGACAUUUCAGAAUAUCCUUUAGCUAAUACAGGUGUACCAGAGUGUUUAGAAGCAAUUUUAUAAUAUUAUGAUAGACACGAUGAUUAUCUCAAAAAAUAAGGUAUUAUCUUUUAUUAAUUGAACAUUUUAGGAGUAUUUAGAAUUUCUGGAUCAGUUUAAUAAGAAUAGAAAUUAAUUUAAUAGUUUUAAAUAAGGAAUUAUUCCGUUAUUGAUGAUUAUGAUCCUGAUGUUGUUUCAACUGUAUUUAAGAAUUUAUUAUGUUAACUCAAAAAACCAAUUUUUCCAUUUGAAAUGUAUGAUAUUCUUAAAGAAACUUAAAGUAUUAUAAUAUUUACUAAAUUUAGUUAAUACUAGUAAAGAGAAGUUAUUAGAGAUGUUUUAAGUAUUUUUUGCUUAUAUGCCAGAAGUCAAUCGCAAAACUACUAAAAGAAUUGCUGAAUUGUUAUUUCAUGUAGCAGAUUAUGAAUCAGAGAAUUUGGUAAUUAAUAUUUUAAACUAAGAUGGGACUUAAUAAUUUAUCAAUUGUAUUUGCCCCAUGUUUUUUAAGACCAGAACAAACAAAUUUAUCUGAUCUUCAAGGUGCAAAAAUUGUUGUUCAUCACUUUAAUUUACUGGUCUAAAAUGUUGAAUUUUUCUUAUAGGAAUUUAGGAUUAAUCGAAAUUCUAUACCUUAAAAGGUUUAACACUUGAUUUGA